UGAUAGUAGAUGUAAAUACAAGCAGUUGGUUGUAAACCGGGUUGCGACUAUUGACCUAUGCUCGUUGGGGUUUCUUACCAGCUCAGUGUCAGUCGACAAAAACGUAACUAUUUGGAGUUAAUAACUGGAAUUUUCCUCAAACGUCAACUUGUAUACUGGCUACCUAACCCCACGUAACCGUUCUGUCAGUACAGUUUAUAGCGUUGUAAAAUACGCCACAAUGCACGAGGACUUAAAAUGGAGUAGGACCGGACCGGACUUCAGACUUUGAAACAUGUCAAUGAGUUAAAAAGUAGGUGUGUGUAUGUGUACGUAACGUAACCGUAACUACACCAGCCCUGCGGUCUGCUUUAGCUAGCCUUUUGCAGCUGUAAGCGGUCGAUGGAUUUCCAAAACCUUUGCACUUUUGACACUUUUAAGCAGCUGUGGAGUCACUACGGUUAUCAUGGGGAAAACUUACAAGAAGUGAUUAAGCGGGAGUUCACACGGAUUAAAGGAACAACAUAUCUGGAUCAUGCAGCAACUACUCUGUACCCAGAGUCUCUGGUCAGGGACUACUUCCAGGACCUUUCAAGAAAUGUGUACGGAAACCCACACAGCCAUAACCCCAGCAGCAGAUUGACACAUGACACAGUGGAGAGGGUCAGAUACAGGGUAUUGCAGCAUUUUAACACCACCCCUGAGGAGUACUCUGUGAUUUUCACUGCUGGUUGUACAUCCACACUCAAAUUAGUUGCUGAGAGCUUUCCCUGGAGGCGACAGACUGAGAGCAAAGCGGGGAGUCAUUUCUGCUACCUCACUGACAGCCAUACCUCUGUAGUUGGCAUAAGAGGACUGACUUCUGGCCUGGGGGUAGUAGCCUUGCCUGUCUCCCCACAAGAAGUGGAAAACAAAGCAAAGGAUGUGGCUCAAGGUGAAGAUGUUAUUUGCGAGACGCCGCACCUGUUCUGCUACCCAGCACAGAGCAACUUCUCUGGGAAGAAGUAUCCCCUUAGCCAUGUGAAAGGCAUACAGACGAGACACCUUUACCCAGCAUGUGACCACCAAGGCCGCUGGUUUGUGCUGCUUGAUGCAGCCUCUCAUGUCAGCUGUUCCCCUCUAAACCUACAGGAGUGCCCUGCUGAUUUCAUUCCCAUCUCAUUCUAUAAGAUGUUUGGCUUCCCCACAGGUCUGGGGGCCCUUCUUGUCCGUAAUGACGCAGCAGGCAUGCUAAAAAAGACUUAUUUUGGAGGAGGCACAGCAGCAGCUUACCUUUCUGGAGAAGAUUAUUAUGUGCAGGCAGCAAACAUUUCUGACAGAUUUGAAGAUGGGACUGUGUCUUUCUUGGACAUCAUUGCUGUUAAUCAUGGUUUUGACACUCUUUACAGGCUCACAGGGGGCAUGCACAACAUUCAACAGCACACGUUUGGCUUGGCACGCUACACUUACAUGCUGCUGUCAAGUCUUUGCCAUGGCAACGGGCUACCAGCUGCUCAGAUAUACUCCGAAGGCCAGUUUGAGAGUCCAAUCACACAGGGCGCAAUCCUAAACUUCAACCUCAAGGAUUGUUAUGGACAGAUAAUUGGGUAUUCUCAGGUGGACAGAAUGGCCAGUUUGUACAAUAUCCAUGUGCGCACAGGUUGCUUCUGCAACACCGGGGCCUGUCAGUCCUUCCUCGGGAUCACCAAUCAGCAGAUGAGGAGAAACCUGCUGGCUGGCCACGUCUGCGGAGACAGCAUCGACCUGGUGGACGGCCAGCCGACCGGAUCUGUACGCGUGUCCUUUGGCUACAUGUCGACAUUUGAAGACUGUCAAAAGUUCCUGAACUUUGUUGCCGAGUGCUUUGUAGAGAAACCAGUCACAGUGGACCAAGUGAGAAUAGAGAAGUUAAAAACAGCCACAGCAGCAUCCCCGGACGCAAAUGAAUAUCUUCCAAUCAAAAUCCCUAAUGGAGAAAUAUGUAAAGUAGAUGAGAAGGAGAGCCCUACAGAAGCAUCACUGCGGGGAUUUGGACACAGAGACUCAAACAGCCACAAGGAAGCUUAUACUCUGACCAACAUCUACAUAUAUCCCAUCAAAUCAUGUGGACCCUAUGAGGUCAACGACUGGCCGGUGGGACCGCUGGGUUUACUGUAUGACAGAUGCUGGAUGGUGGUGAAUGGAAACGGCGUGUGUCUGAGUCAGAAGAGAGAGCCGCGUUUAUGCCUCAUUCACCCACGAGUCCACCUGCCCUCAAACAAAUUGCUCCUGCAGGCGUCAGGGAUAGAUACCAUUUCGGUUCCCCUGGAAAACAACACUCAAGUGCGCACAAGCUAUCGGGUGUGUCAGAGUAAAGUUUGUGGUGACAGGGUGGAGACUGUCGACUGUGGGGAUGAGGCUGCAUCAUGGCUUUCACACUUCCUUGGACAGCCAUGCCGCCUGAUAAGACAAAGUCCUGAUUUUACCCGAGACAUGAAGAAGAGGCCUAGUGGAGGAACCGAAACAACCGCCACCUCGGCGUCCCUCUCCCUGGUAAAUGAAGCUCAGUAUCUCAUGAUCAACCGUGCCAGUGUGGAGCUCAUUCAGAAACUAAUGAGCAGCAGGCAGGACAACUCCGAGGGCGAGCUGAUGCUCCUUGACACACAGAAUAUCAUUAGCCGCUUCCGAGCCAAUUUAGUCAUCGCGGGAGUAGAACCCUUUGAGGAGGAUAAUUGGCCACACUUGAUUAUUGGCAACACUCCGUUCAUGUUUGCAGGUCAGUGCGGAAGGUGUCAGAUGAUUGGAGUGGACCAGGAGACUGGGACCAAAACAAAAGAGCCACUAACGUCUCUAGCGGCCUACCGCAAUGGGAAGGUCACUUUUGGUGUGUACCUGACCCAUCAGCUACCAGAAGGCUCCACUGAAGCCAGUGUCCUCUCAGCUGGUUCCCUGAUACAGCCAGAGCCACACAGUUCUUGAAGUAGUCAUCUGCAUCAUCCUCUUUUAUUUAUUUUUGCCGACGUCUUUGGUCUAAAGCACCCAUUUCUGCGCUGCACAUCCUAAAGAUCACCUGUCAAACGCUGAUGCUGCUCUUCAAUUUGUCUGCGUGGCUUUUGUCCUCUUAAUUGACCAUUUCAUACCCUGGCAUUCAGAUUGUAUUCCAUCCAAGUCUGUUUUGAUGGGAAAUGAAAUGAGAUUUCCAGAUUUCUUUUACCCCCCAAUGGUUAAAUUCUUAAAAUGCGCGCCAUAAAGUGUAUUUAAUUGGAUGACAAAAUUAUAAUUUGAAUAUAUUACUGUUACUUUAGCCCAAACAUUUCAGGCUUGAGCCAAUAAUCGCUGCUCAUGUUAACCUCCCCACAGUUAUUCCUCUGUUUAUUCCCAUGGAUGCUUAUAUUGCUAUUUAUUCCAAACACACCAGCGCUGUUACUGCUGCCACAAAUCUUUAAUAUAUUGCUCCCUGUAAUGGAAAAACCUAGCAGACACUCCGUCUGGUGGUGUAUGCUCUCAACGUGGUGCACUGCAGACUUGGACAUCAGCUGGAAUGCCAGAAAAAAAUGUAAUAUCUUAUUCACCAGAAAUAAUGUGCUUAGAGUGACAUGCUUGUACCAGGGUUUCCAUGGGGUCUUAAAAAGUCUCAAAUUAACUGAAGUAUUGUGUUCUAGGUCUUACAUUUUUUGAAACCGGUCUUAAUUUUCCUACGUCCAUGUAACGCUACUUCUAAUGCUUUUUUUU